UGGAAAUAUGGGAUGAUUGGAGUUGUUUUUCAAGGAAUUUCUUUAGUCUGUCUGGUUUAUGUUGUUUAUUUUAAAGCUAGUUAAGUGUAUAUAAGUAUCCCUGUCUGUGUGCAUAGAACAACUUUAUAUAAAUGCUGCAUGUUUUUCCUUCUUUUUGUCAGUACUGACUUUGCAUUUUGGUACCAUUGGGUCUCUGACUUCAGGCCCACCUUGGCUUUGUAACAGAAGUUGAUGUACUUUUAGAAAUCCACUUAUGAUAUGUUGGUUUAUGAUGAGCAACAUCAAGAUGUGGUUGACAUGUGUCACCUUUCUCCUACAUGGAAGACCAAUGCAUAAAGACCAUGGAAGUCCAAAGCACAAAGGCUUUGGAACUUUGGACCAUUACAGUCUUAAAAUUCCUGAACAGAAACAUGCUUCACUUAGUGGGAGAAUUUCACAUUUACAGGAGUUUGUCGUUACGCAUCCUUCUGAAAGCGAUGUUAGUGUGGUGUUCACAGAUGUGUACAUCCUAAGAUGACCUCCAAAAGGUCUACGGACUGUGCUGAUGUCUUUGUCUUUGAAGUCAGAGAGGAAAGCUGUGAUAAAGACUUCGGUGAUGGAGAUAUGGGCAGGGGGGAAACUUGCUGUCUUUCUCUGGAUCUGUGACUUGCACAGUUAUGUCACAGUUUCAAAAACACCAAGGGACCUGGCCGUCUUACUGGGACAGCUGGCGAUUGUCAGAAGUCCUGUUUGUCCUAAAGCUUUGGUUUCCUGGAGGCAGCCCUGGCCUCUAAUCUUGACUUGUUCUUCCUCCCACGCUUCAGAUAAAGGUAGACUGGGAUUAAUAUUUCCAAGCAAAGGUCAGCAGCUCUUCCUUCUUCUUUCUAGAGAACAAAGAUAAAUCUGUAACGAAGAAGCAGGCAGUGCAGCAUUCAAUAUGAAAAUGAUUCUUGUACACAACUUGCAUUUCCCUUAUUUAGGACGAGGUAGGCUGAUCGCAGAGUUGAAUGGUAGGCUUGUAUGUGCAGCUAAGUGGUACUAAAGAUUUUUUCUGAUCCAGUAUUUAAUGGAUUUGAAUGGCUUUUUGAGGUCCCUGGCCAGCUGUUUGAGCAAUGUGGUGUUUAGUGAGUGUGAGAGGCACCGUGCUGCUGGCUGUGUUGACCCAAAUUCAAAAUGGAUUUUGGAGUACAGAACAGCAAAAUGAAUUAGCACAGACAAGAAGCUACAAGGAAAUGUGCUUUGGACCUUUGCCAAAUACUUGUGGUCACUUCUGGGAGAUGGUUUGGGAACAGAAAAGCCGUGGUGUUGUCAUGUUGAACAGAGUGAUGGAAAAGGGAUCCAUAAAGUGUGCGCAGUACUGGCCACGGAAGGAAGACAAGGAAAUGUUUUUUGAAGAUACAAACUUGAAACUAACCUUGAUAUCAGAAGAUAUAAAGUCAUAUUACACAGUGCGACAACUAGAGUUGGAAAACCUUACAACGCAGGAAACCAGAGAGAUUCUGCACUUUCAUUAUACUACGUGGCCUGACUUUGGAGUCCCGGAGUCUCCUGCUUCAUUCCUCAAUUUCCUGUUCAAAGUGAGAGAAUCUGGCUCGCUUAACCCUGAGUACGGACCUGUUGUGGUGCACUGCAGCGCAGGAAUUGGGAGAUCAGGAACGUUCUGUCUGGUCGAUACGUGUCUCCUGCUGAUGGACAAACGGAAAGAUCCUUCUUCUGUGGAUGUUAAGCAGGUUCUGCUCGAAAUGAGGAAGUACAGAAUGGGACUCAUACAGACAGCGGAUCAGCUCCGGUUCUCCUACUUAGCUGUUAUUGAGGGGGCAAAAUUCAUUAUGGGGGAUGCUUCAGUGCAAGAACAGUGGAAAGAGCUUUCCAAUGAAGAUCUGGACCCACCACCUGAACAUACCCCGCCUCCUCCCAGACCACCAAAGAGAACCUCAGAAAUGCACAAUGGAAGGAUGCACGAACAUGCAGAAUUCUUUCCUAAGCAUCAAGUGGUAGAGGAAGAGAUCAGAUGCUCAGUCAGCACUGCUGAAGAGAUGGUUCCAGGUGGCAGAGUUUUUUCAUCUGUGCCACUGAUCACAGACAGCACUAGUCAAGACACUGAAAUUCGGAGGAGAACUGUUGGCGAAAACCUGCAAGUCUCGGCCCACAAAGAAGAGUCGAUGAAGUCGGAAAGCAUAGAAGAGGAUGAUGAGAACAUGAUGACAACUUGGAAGCCAUUUCUAGUGAAUAUAUGCAUGUUCACUUUCCUCACAGCAGGAGCUUAUCUCUGCUACAGGGUAUGUUUUCACUGACGGACAUGCCAGCACAACUGACCCUGCAGAAAACACCAACGAUUUGAUCGGUUUGUAAUAAGCUUCUGUACAAGAAAGCUUCUUGAGGCACGUGAGCCUUAUCUCAGCAGAGAUAGAUCUUAAGUUGAAAGGCCAGAACUUUGGUUAGGGCUUAAAGAGAGAAUUGAUGCACUAGGGUUUCAGCUAGCCCUGUGGUCCCAAGAACAUGAUAUUCUAAUCUCAGGGCCUUAAAAUAUUCAGGAGUAAGCAGAGAAAAUGCCAAAUAGUCCGUUUUUCUUUUUUUCUUCCUUUUUUUUUUUUUUUACUAAAUGAUAGAAUUACAACACAUUGUUGUUUUUAGCCUUUUUUAAAAAGCCAGUUCUUUUUCUUUUGUGUUUCAGAAAAGCUAGGCACAAGCGAAACUUGCUUGUAUUCUCCAAGUGUUGUAACCAAAUACAUCACUUACAUCAUUGAGUUCCCAAAAAAAAGAGGAAAAACAAACCCACAUACCUGAAGAAUGUAAACCUUUUGGAAGGGGUAGGGGGCAGCUAUGAUUGGGUGGGUUUUUGGUUUGGUUUUAUUUCUAACUUGCUUCAUCUGUUAAAGACUGAGUGAGUUGUGGGCAGUGCCUGUGGUAUUGAUGUAUUUAAUCUUGGGAAAACUUUUCUGAAAGAGCUUAUUGUUUUACGUUGUUUAUAGAAACAGGCUUCUGCAUUUGCUCAGGGUAUGCCAACGUGUCCAGCUCUUUUUUUCUUUUUUCUUUUUUUUAAAGAAAUGUAUCUUCUCAUUGACUUUUGUUGCGCUCUACUUGCACAUAUACCUAUUUACAUUGCACCAUCCUUUGUAAAGCUGUUUUUACAUUUGUAUUCUGGGUUAGGAGAAAUUGAGGGGAGGGAAAGAAACAAGAAAGAAAAUUCAACCAAAACAUGUCCACCAGCAUUUUGAAGCUGUUCAGUUGGCAUUCAGAAGGACCAGUUCAUAAGCCUCAUCAUUUGGAAUGUAAAAUGCAGUUUCAGUCUACAUCUGCUUCAUAAGGAACAGUGUGCUUUGUGCCACGGCCGGGAGGUCGUGUGCUCAGAGGCAUUGCAGGUAAGCAUGGAAAGCACGUCAGGAAAACCAGAGCCUCAAUCCUGUGGCAGCUUCCUUAAGACAGAAAGUUCAACAGAAGACAUGUUGGCCUCAGAACGCAUCAGCUGGCUGCUGAUGCAAGCAUUUGUGUGUUUUGCUUAUUUUAAAGCAAAGAUUUAGAAUACUGGUGUAUUUGGCUGAAGAGAAGCUGUUGGGUGACCGUGGGACAGAGGUGUGUGUGGAUAAGCCUGGCACCUCUGCAGACACGGAUGUUGCUGUCCUCAGUAACGUGGGCUGACAGACGGGUGGUUUUGUUCUGUGCCGUGCUGUGCCAGGGGUCUGCUCAGCUGGAGCCCAGCACUUGAAUAAUCUGAGUGCUUGCAAAUGAAGAUUUGGGUGCAUUGGUAGAAUUGUGACUGGAAGCUUGCGUUACACUGAGCAGCAGUCUUGGUCAAUGCUGCUCCUCACAUUAGUACCAAAUUAUUACAACUUAAACAGUAAUAGGGAAGAAUUAUUUGCUGAUGUCAUGGAACAGAAGAGUUAAAUUCACUACUAAAAGCUGUGGUGAAUGAAACCAAACCAUGUUGGCUGAUCUGCAACAGCGUUGCUAAUCAGUUCCUUUUGUUUUUAAAUGCUUUAUGGCACUUAACCACCAUUCUCAGUGCAAACAUCACUAUGGAGUAUCUUAAAGUCUUUCCACUCCACGUUUUUCAUUUUUGCAAAGCUGUCUGUAGGUGCAGCUCUUUUCCUUCGGUGAAUAAGGAGGUGAGAUGGGGAGCUGUUUCUUUUCUGUCUUUUGUUAAGCUUGCAUCAAGGGCUUUUUACAAGUACAAUAUUAAAUCCUCAGGUAGUACUGGGAAUGGAUACUUCACCUGUGGGAUUGUUGGUCAGACCAACAGUCUGUACUUUCCAGUACUGGAAAGGAGGAAUGCUGUAACCAGUCAAUAUCUGGUGGUAUUACUGGAAUCGUGAAAAAUGAGUGUAGAAAAAUGGUAAUAUAUAAUGGCUCAUCUGUGUAUUUAAGAUACAGCGUGUGAUUGCUUUCUCUCCACUGUUCUCUCCAUCGUUUGGUAGAACACUGUUCUAAAGCAACAUUCAUACAUCAUUUGUAUUAGAAUGCAUGUAAAGUCUUCUAGUGUCCUGAUUAAAUGCCAUGUGCUUGAAAGGUGAAAGAAGUUCUAUUUCUGCUUACUGAUGUGCCCAAAUUAUAUUUGCAUGAACUGAUCAUUAAGUGGCUGUGGUUCAAAGGCUGCUGCUGAAAGCAUCUUCGUUCAGCGGCAGAUGGACUUGGUGUUUAUCAGACAACAUGUACUCGCCUGAUCCUUGGCAUGACCUCCUAUUAAAUUUCUGCGUAUUCAGCGUAACCUGGUUGUUAGCAUGGUUCAUUUCAGCUGAGUGAGUAUAGUACAGACAUUCCAGAGUGCGUGGUAAGCUGUAUUCACACCUCACCUCUGCUCGUGGGUGGCAAGCAGGAGUUGGUGACUCUGGGGGGGACUUGCUGUGCUGCCUUCAGAGCUGCACUGGAGGACAAAGAACCACCUUUUUUUGCAAGACUGCCACAGUUGCUUUGCAAAGACACAGGUUCUUAAAUGGCGUGAUUCUCCUCAAAAAAAAAAAGCCAAACAGAAAACAAACUGUCCUGUUCCCAAGAAGGGAUGUUUAGAAACGGUAGCAUGGGGAGGAAAGUAAAGCAUCCUCCCUUUGAAUCCAGCAUCCAGUUGCACCGUGCUUACAAAUUACUGCAGUAUGAGAACGUUCCUGCAGAGGAAGUUCUGAACACCCUCUCUUCUGCCUGUGUAUUUUUCUUGUUUCUGUCACCCGUUCCAAAUUCAGGAGAACUUGUGCUGUCCCUGUGAGGUGUGGAUAGAGCUUGUAAUACUGAACUGUAAACAUUUUUGUUUUGGUGUCCUGUAUGUGUACGUAGUAGUUUCGGUGUGUAUAUACAGUAGCAUUUCAAAGUGGGUGUAUUGGUUAACCUGUUCUUGGAAAAUGGACAAAUAUCCAUGUUAAACUUGUUAGAAAGUUAGUGAGCUGCUCUGCUAUCUUGCCUUAAGCAAAUAUUUACGCAUCAGGUCUUUCUUUUUUUACAGAUCACCAUAGAAUAAACUUUUUAAAAAAAAUAAAAACCAAAAAAGUUAAAUGUUUUGGUAUAACACAUUUUCAGGUAUUUUGUCUUUUGUGUAAGUCACUGCAAAGACCUCAGAAGUUAUAGUAAAACUGUACAGUUUUCUCAAUUUCCCAUACAAGUUUUCAGUUGCCAUUUCAGUUGUAACAAUAAAAUUCUUUUUUUAAAGAACGUA